AUGCAAGCGUCGACACAACACUCUGAUUCAUAUGAUCAUCAUAUUCGUAAUGAAAAUAGAGUCGUAUCCGAAACUACACAUUUAGCGUCGUCUUCAACGACUGCUGCUUCUGACAAUGUAACUUUAGCAGCAAAUAUGUCUAGUUAUAAUAAAAUUCAAUGUGAUGUAUUAUUAUCUACUGCGUUGGUAAAAUUAUAUGACAAGAAUAAUCACGAACAUAUAGUACGUGCAAUAUUAGACAGUGGUAGUACAUCAAGUCUAAUGACUGAGAGAUUGUGUCGACAAUUAAAUUUGGAAACCUGUCAGGUAGAUAAGUCAAUCAUGGGUGUAAAUAACGCAACUUUACGCGUAGGCAAAACUUGUCAUGUGCACAUGACGUCGUUGAAUAACAGUUUCUCUUCUGAGCUUCAAUGUUAUGUUUUGCCAUCAAUCACAAGUAAUGUACCCGGUCACGAAAUUAAUAUUUCUAAUAUUGACAUCCCUACUGACAUUAGUUUGGCGGAUCCUACGUUCUUUGUACCAGCAGAUGUUGAUAUCUUGAUUGGUGCCGAUCUCUUUUGGGAUUUGGUAGGGACGCGGAGAAUAAUAUUAGGUAAGAAAAAGCCUGUAUUGUGCGAAACCAGAUUAGGGUGGAUAAUUUCAGGUCCUAUCUUUAGUCAUCAUGACACAAUUAUGCAUUUAAAUGAUAUAAAAUGUAAUUUUAAUAAAAUUGAUUCUAGUGCAAGUCAUGAUUUGGACGACAUUCGAGCUGACUUGACACGAUUCUGGCAGCUGGAAGAGAUAUGCUCCAAAUCAAAUUAUUUUCCGGAAGAAAGAAUGUGUGAGGAACAUUUUGUUGCGAACACAACGCGCCUCGAUGACGGUCGUUUCUGCGUCCGUAUACCGCUUAAACAUGAUUCUUCUGUUUUAGGUAAUUCGUUUCAUCGAGCGGAACACUGUUUAUUUUCUUUAGAGCGUAGGUUGACGAGCAAUCUUGAAUUGAGAGAUAUGUAUAGCAACUUCAUGACAGAGUAUAAAUCGCUUGGCCAUAUGUCAGAAUAUAAACAGCCUGAGGUAGAUGAAAAGGAAUAUUUCAUUCCUCAUCACGGUGUUAUGCGAGAUAGUAGCACGAGCACCAAACUCCGUGUUGUAUUUAAUGCCAGUUCUCCUACGACCUCAGGUGUUUCUUACAAUGACAUCCAAAUGAUUGGUCCCACCGUCCAAGAUGAUUUGAUAUCCAUAUUGCUUCGAUUUAGGCAGCAUAAAUAUGUUUUGUCUGCAGAUGUUGAAAAAAUGUACAGACAAAUAAUUGUCCACCCGUCUGAUAGACAUCUGCAGCAAAUACUGUGGCGUAGUAAUGUAGCUGAGCCAAUUACAAAAUUCAUAUUGAACACGGUCACAUAUGGAACAUCCAGUGCUCCAUUUCUGGCUACACGCUGUCUAAAGCAGUUAGGAAUCGACUGCAAGGAUGAUAAAAUUUCCGAGAUCAUUCAACAUGAUUUUUACGUUGAUGAUCUAUUAACGGGCGGUAACGAUUUGGCUGAAGUUCAAGCUAUACGUAAGCAAGUUACUAAUGUACUUGCUUCUGCAUGUAUGCCAUUAAGAAAAUGGAAAUCGAAUAAUCCUCUUUUGAUGAUUGAUCCUCAGGACGUUCAAGCAUCAUCAUUCGAUUUGAAUAUUGGGAGUGAUGAGCCAAAUAAGUUAUUAGGUCUUAGUUGGCACACAGAUUCUGAUGAACUCUGUUUCCCAAUAAGUUCUCUAGUUCCUAAUGGUAAUACAAAACGUGAUAUUCUUUCGAUGAUUGCUCGAAUUUUUGACCCAUUGGGACUUUUGGCUCCAUGCAUAGUUAAUAUGAAAAUAUUGUUACAGCAGCUUUGGAUUAAAAAAUUAGCUUGGGACGAACCAUUAACUGAUGAUAUUAAUCGUCAUUGGAAUUACAUUCGUAAAACUUUGCCUCUUUUGAACGAUCUUCGUGUACCGAGGAUUGUUAUUUGCGACUCCUGUAAGUCGUUAGAGUUGCAUGUUUUUUCGGACGCUUCAGAGCGUGCAUAUGGAGCUUGCAUUUAUUUGCGUAGCGUCAGUACUUCUGGUGAAGUUAUGGUUCGGUUGUUAAUGGCUAAGAGCCGAGUAGCUCCUAUUAAGCCUACUACAAUACCCAGGUUGGAACUGUGCGGUGCGUUGAUGGGAGCGCGGCUAUAUGAUAAGGUCAUCACGUCGCUUAGAUUGGGAAUAGAUCAAGCUUACUGCUGGACAGAUUCCACCAUAGUUUUAGGUUGGUUACGUAUGCUGCCUUCUAGACUUCAGCCUUUUGUACGUAAUCGUGUUGCUGAAGUCUUAGAAAGGACAGAAAAUUGUACAUGGCGACACGUACCAACUGAUGAAAACUCAGCAGAUCUAAUAUCUCGUGGUGUGGAUAUUAGUAAUCUGCAAGGUUUAAACUUAUGGUGGUCUGGUCCGCAAUUUCUCAUGAAUGACUUGUCGAAGUGGCCUACGCAACUGAAGUGUGUUGAAGUUCUCCCAGAAAUUAAACCAGACAUAUCUCUAAAUGCUAUUGUUAUUAACAAUAACAAUUCCUGUGGGCUCAUUGAAUUUAGUCGCUUUUCUAAUUAUUUAAGACUAUUGCGAUCAGUUGCCUAUGUUUUAAGAUUUAUCAAAUAUUGUAAAAAGGUAUUUGUAGUAUCAAAUUUUUUAGAAGAGGUAGACUUACGCGACGCCUUAGUUUUAAUUAUUUCAAAUAGUCAAUAUGAAUCCUUUCCCGAGUACAAGUUACUGUUAAAUAAUGAUAAUUUGCCAAAAAACAGUCAACUAUUAAAACUGAACGUCUUUAUGGACGAAAAUAAAUUAAUGCGCGUCGGAGGUCGUAUUGAUAAUUCAAAUUUUUCACAAGAUAAAAAACAUCCUAUAAUUUUACAGUCCAGUCACAUUUUUACAAAAUUAUUAUUUAUUUAUGAGCAUAAACGGCUAAUGCAUGCCGGUCCUCAAUUGUUGCUAGCAUCUAUAAGAGAAAGGUAUUGGCCUAUAGGCGGGCGAAAUUUAGCGAAAACCUGUUAUCACAAUUGUAUCAGAUGUACACGCAUGAAGGGUAAAAUUGUAACCCCCCUGAUGGGAAAUUUACCACAGCAGCGCCUACUUUCUGGUGGCUAUCCCUUUGAAACGGUCGGUGUCGAUUAUGCCGGACCUAUUAUGUCCGCUAGUCGACAAGGCCGCGGUUGUAAGCUAGUAAAGGUUUAUAUUUCAGUUUUUGUUUGCUUCACUACCAAAGCUAUUCAUUUAGAGUUGGUAGGCGAUUUAACUAGUAAUAAUUAUAUACUUGCUUUACGUCGAUUCAUUUCGCGAAGAGGUAAACCUGUCAAUAUUUAUUCCGAUAAUGGUACCUCAUUUGUGGGUGCAUACAACGACAUUUCAAAAUUUCUAAAGACGAAUUGUAAUUCUUUAGGCGAAAGUGCAGCCUGUGAUGGCAUUGACUUCCAUUUUAUUCCGGCGUAUGCUCCUCAUUACGGAGGUUUAUGGGAAGCGGGUGUAAAGUCGACAAAAUACCACUUACAGAGAGUGUUGGGUAAUUGUACAUUAACCUAUGAAGAGCUUAACACCACUCUCAUACAAAUUGAAGCAGUGCUGAACUCUCGACCCCUGACACCACUUUCUUCGGAUCCUGCGGACUAUAAUCCAUUAACCCCAGGCCAUUUUUUAAUUGGGCGGUCUCUGACUUCUUUGCCAGACCGAGAUUAUCAAAGACAUUCCACAAAUAAAUUAACACGGUUCCAACGCAUUGAGCAAUUACGACAACAUUUUUGGGCUAGAUGGAGCAAAGAGUACAUUGCAGAAUUGCAACAACGUGUUAAGUGGCGUACUUGCAAGGAUAAUUUAAAAUUGAAUACGUUGGUAGUAAUUAAGGAGGAUAAUCUUCCGCCAUUAAAGUGGAAAUUGGGAAGAGUUGUGGGAGUUCAUCCUGGUCUUGACGGCAUAGUACGGGUUGCUGAUAUCCGGACAUCCACUGGAGUUAUUCGGCGAGCCUUUAGCAAAAUCUGCCCAUUACCAGUAUCAUCGGAGUCUGAUUGA